GGAGUCAGUAACUAGGCAAUCGAUCUUGUCAGUUCAGCAUGUCAACGGUCUUUGACCGCUAGCGCUGAUGGCUCUGUAAUGCUCACGGUGACGUAAUUAGAUGAUAAGCUGACGCGCAAAUUUAUUAAGUAUGCAUCAUUAAUAUACAGAGGUCAGCAGUAUGGCCAUAGGAUCUUCACAGACGCACCAGCUGGCAAUAUAAGUGGGGGUCAACAUGGCGUUCUAUCGGCUGAUUUCCCAAACUACGACGCGACUAGAUACGCGCUCAUCUUCCUCGAUGAUCUUCACCGAUGGUAUUCUUCCAGUGGAUCCUCAGAUGGCAAGACCUCAGGACUCUACUGAUCUCAUCUCAGCAUCCACGAAUGCGCAAACCGCAAGGAGAACACAUCUAUUUCGACAUUUUUAUCGUGAUAUAUCGAUUGCAUGGUCAUCUAAGAAACGUGCUCGUGUUAAAUACACCGGUGUCUAAAUUCGGCUAUCUAAAUGCUCUCCCGACUCACUUGAUUGUCCAGGUCGAGCACAGAUUAACUGGCAUCGUAACAAGGCUCGCCAAUGCUUACUUUGGCACAGGAUAGUUUCACCUUAGAGUCCACUAAAGUCAUGUGUCCAUCAUGCGCUGUUCACCCCCUGCUCUACAGGGUAUUGGUAUGCGGUGUAUACAUGGUGACACCACAGCUCCCGAAUCGUCUAUAAAUGCUCCCUCGAGACACUCUCUCAUCAACCAUGUUCAAAGUACUCUUUUUUGCUCCAUUACUCGCUCUCGUUGCUGCAGGUGGCUCGGAGGUCUGUCUCAACAAAAAGGCAGGCUGUGUCGAAGCUCAAAUAACGAAAGACUGCUGCGCAGCCGUAAAGCAAUCUGCGUAUUUCAGCGAAGUAUCGUCCACUUGUGUCCCGUACGCGGCUAAUGGAAUCAAUACUGGAGACAUGGUAGAUUGUUGCGAAAGCCGAGGAGCUGGUAGCCAUGGCGGAGAAACCGUGACUGAUAUGUCCAACCGCAAGAUAUGUCUGGAUCCACUAGACGGCACAUCCAAAUGAACUUCCAUAGUCUUGAAAAACACUCUAGCUCAACUCUGAAGUCAUAAAAUACGUGUAUCUCAAUUGUAAACUGACAUAAAGCACCUGUAAUCACAUAGAACACUUGCA